GCGGCCAUGGGGCCUAACAUGGCCGCCUUAGGGGCCGUGUUCGUCGCUGUGGGGGCCUUGUUCGCCGCCACAAUGCCCCCGUCCGUCCCCGGCGGUGACUCGGGGGAGCUGAUCACAGCCGCCUAUGAGCUUGGAGUGGCCCACCCUCCCGGCUACCCGCUGUUCACUCUGCUGGCCAAGCUGGCCAUCGGGCUCCUCCCUUUCGGCUCCGUCGCCUACCGAGUCAACCUGCUGUGCGGCCUGUUCGGAGCCACCGCGGCUGCCCUGCUUUUCUUCACAGUUUCCAGGCUUUCCGGCUCCUUCGCUGGAGGGAUCCUGGCUUCGGGGAUGUUCUCCUUUUCGCGCCUGACGUGGCAGUGGUCCACCGCCGCUGAGGUCUUCAGCCUGAACAACGUGUUCGUGGGGCUGCUCAUGGCUCUGGCCGUUCGGUUCGAGGAGGCGUCCGCUGCCCAAGAGAGGUCAAAGGUAGCUCAGAUGGGCGCCUUCUGCUGUGGCCUGAGUUUAUGCAAUCAGCACACCAUAGCCCUCUACGUCCUGUGCAUCGCUCCGUGGGUCCUGCUCCGCCUUCUCAGGGAAAAGGAGCUGUCCGGGGGCCGCUUGGCCAAGCUGACGCUCUGCUUCUCGGCCGGCCUCCUGCCUUACCUCUACCUGCCCGUCUCCUCGGGCCUUAACCGGGCCCGCUGGACCUGGGGGGAUCAGACGACGCUCUCGGGAUUCCUCACCCAUUUCCUCAGGGAAGAGUACGGGACAUUCAACCUGGCCAAGUCGGAGACGGGAUCCAGUCUGGCCGAGAUCCUGCUGUUUCAAGUGGAAAAUAUGAGGGCGGAACUCUCCUUCAAUGUCCAGGCCCUCGCGGUCGUGGCCUGUCUGUGCUUAGCAGAACCGGACAAACGGAAUCGGUCGCUGGUGUGGCUUUUUGCCGGCAUGCUCUGCGUGUAUUCCCUCUUCUUUGCCUGGAGGGCAAAUUUAGAUAUUUCAAAACCACUCUUCAUGGGCGUGGUGGAGCGGUUCUGGCUGCAGAGCAACGCCGUGGUGGCGGUCCUGGCGGGCCUGGGCCUGGCCUCUGUGACGUCUCUGAGCCGCCGAGUCCUGGCCCGCGACGGCGUCCCGCGCUGCCUGGAGGGGCUGGCAGCCGUCCUCCUGGUCACCGGCCAGCUUCACUCCAAUUUCAGCACGUGCGACCGAAGCGGUAACUACGUGAUUGCCAAGUUUGCCGAGAGCAUCCUGUCCUCCAUGCCCCCCGGCGCCAUCGUCUUGCUCCGAGGAGACCUGCCGGGCAACUCGCUCCGCUACGCGCACUACUGCGAGGGGCUGAGGCCCGACAUCUCGCUCGUGGAUCAGGAGAUGAUGACUUAUGAGUGGUACCUGCCCAAGCUGGCCAAGCACCUGCCACAUGUCCGCUUCCCCGGGAGCCGGUGGAAUCCCGUUGAAGGAACGCUGCCCGGCGGGAUGGUCACCUUUAAUCUGGACAGCUUCCUUAAAGCCAACAGGCACAGGGAGACCUUCGCCUGCAUCGGGCUCCACGAGGGCGAUCCCACGUGGCGGAAGAGCCACGCGCUGUGGCCCUGGGGCUCCUGCGACAAGCUGGUCCCGGCCGGGCUGCCGUUCGACGCCCGCGAGUGGAUCGGGCUCACGCGGGACCUGUACAACUGGACAGAACGAUACGGGAGGUUUGAUCCAUCUUCUUGGGAAGCGGUCGCCAACGAGGAGAUGUGGCAGGCAAGGAUGAAGACCGCCUUCUUCAUCUUCAACCUCGCCGACACGGCCAGCGUGCCCGCCACCGCCAAGGCCCAGCUCUACGCCCUCGCCCACAGCCUGUACAAGGAGCUGGUGGCCCCGCCGGAGGAGCACCCGGUGAACUGGCACAAGAACUACGCCAUCGCCUGCGAGCGGCUUCUGCGGGGCGGGGGCGGGGACCCCGCCACCUUGCUGGCCGACAGCAUCCGACACUUCCGCCUGUACGCGGAGGGCGCCCCGGACGACCCCCAGCGCGGGGAGAUCGCCACCGCCAUCCGGCUCCUCCGCCGGGACCUGCGGGCCCUGAGGGCGGCCGGCCGAGGCUGAGCCCCCCUCUCCGGCCCCCUAAUUGGGAGCGUCCCCCCACCACCACCCCCCGCCUCCCCUGGGUAAAUUCAUUUUUGUCCCAAACAUCUUGUCUACAUAUCACCAAAGGGCCCACGCUAGGAAAUGCAAAUAAUAGCCCUUUUCUCUCAUUAUGGCAGCUAAUUAAUAGCAGCCUGUUGGAGUGAAUAAAGUCACUCAGAGUCCUCGGGCACUUCCUCAGUCGAGGCCGGGGUCGGCCCCCAUUGUGGGGCUCCGAGACUGGGGCGCUCCGGAGAAAGGCCGGCUAAUGAAGAGGGAGGGCUCGGGGCCCCGGCCGCAUUCAGCGAUGACUGGUGAGUCAUUCAGCGGGGAAAGGCCCCAUACCGGCCCCGUCACAGUUCCUUGGCAUUGUCCUCGCCCCGAGGCCUGAUCAAAGGGUCCCCCCCUCUACUUCCCGCGGGGCCUGCCAGGUUCCCUUUCAGGCCACGGCCAUAAUUAAAACCGCUAAUUCUCUUUUAAAA